CAGAGUUUUCAUUCAGACAAUUUGUCCAACAGAAUACAGACAUCUUUUUUUCACUUCAGCAUAAGAGAGGAUAACAAAAUAGACGAAUCUGAAGAAGUUUAAGUUUUCAUCUAAGAGAGCAAUUAUGUCUUGGAAUUUCAUUCUGCUAAUGUGGAUUGGUCAUUGCUGUGUGAUGGUUUGUCAGUCGUAUCAGUAUCGUUACAUUAAAGAGGAAAAAAAUUGGACCGAAGCUCAGAGGUACUGCAGAGAGAAGUACACUGACCUGGCCACAGUGUCUAACAUGACAGACAUGAAGAGUCUCCUUAGUAACCAAGAUAAAGAUAUGAAUGAAUCUUGGAUCGGUCUGUAUGAUCAAAAGAACGGUAAUAGAACAUGGCACUGGUCUCUGCCUGGAGUGAAGUUUGAUAAAAACUACCAACGGUGGAAAGAUGGUGAGCCAAAUGAUGCAGGACCAGGAGUGGAGAACUGUGGAUUUAUGUGGAAUAGCCUGAAGUGGGGAGACAUAUCCUGUAAUAAACCUCUUUACUUUCUCUGCUAUGACGGCAGUAAUUCAUCCAAGGUAUUCCACCUGAUUCGAAGAAAUCCAGAAAAAAAAACAUGGAUCAAUGCUCAGAGUUACUGCAGAGAAAAUCAUAUAGACCUGGUCAGUGGACUGACACAGCUACAGGAUGAAAGGCUAAAGGAAGAAGUCCGAAAUGUUGAUGGUGAUAAAUUCAUCUUGAUCGGUCUGUUCAGAGACACAUGGAUGUGGUCAGAUGGAAGCAGUUUUUCUUUUAGACACUGGAGUCUUCAGUUUGACAAUCAGCGAUAUAACAGCGGUCAGUGUGCCAUGACUGUGUUUAACGAUGAAGGGAGAUGGAUAAAUGAGGACUGUGCUCUCAAAAAACCAUUCAUCUGUUAUGAUGCAUUUGACUUUAUCCUGGUAAAAGAAAACAAAACCUGGGAGGAAGCUUUGUACUACUGCAGAGAUCAUCACCAUGACCUGGUCUCCAUCACUAAUCUGGAGGAACAGAGAUGGGUUGAAAGGAAAGCCCAGUUUGCUUCAACAAGUUUUGUCUGGCUGGGACUGCACUACACUUGCACUCUGGACUUCUGGUUCUGGGUCAGUGACGAGGUGGUCAGAUAUAAGAACUGGGCCUCAGAUGGAGUAGUGGAUGACUGUGACAUGUCUGGAGCCAUGGAGAGAGGAGGAACCCACCAGUGGUUGAAAAAAAGCGAUGAUGAGUGCUUUAAUUUCAUCUGUUCUAGGAAUAAGCAUGGAGAAUAGGGUUUGUGUAUCACUUUUUUCCACCAGAUAACAUUAAACCAGGUCUUAUACCACAUAGGAGUUAAAAAUAAA